AUGGUCGAGCCAUCCCAAAUUUUGGGUCGGAUUACCGACGAUGGUAUUUAUUUGGAGCAGCUAGAAACAAAUCCAGCGAAGUACUUACCUGACCCAAAUUCCUCACAGCUUUCAAGUGAAGUUGUGAAGAUCAAUUUGAAUCGCCCAAUGGAUCAAGUACUGUCCGAACUAAGCAAGCAUCCGAUCAGAACGCGUCUUUCUCUUACCGGCACCCUGGUCGUGGCUAGAGACAUCGCUCAUGCCAAAAUCAAAGAACGCCUGGACGCCGGGGAACCAAUGCCCCAGUACUUCUGUGAUCACCCCGUUUACUAUGCCGGUCCGGCGAAGACACCGAAGGGGUACGCAAGUGGUUCUUUUGGUCCGACAACUGCCGGUCGGAUGGAUUCAUACGUGGAUCAGUUCCAAGCUGCCGGUGGGAGCAAAAUCAUGCUAGCCAAAGGCAAUCGAUCCAAACAGGUUACUGCAGCGUGCAAAAAGUAUGGAGGUUUUUACUUGGGCUCCAUUGGUGGCCCCGCAGCUAUUCUCGCGCAAAACUGCAUCAAGAAAGUCGAAGUGUUGGAGUAUCCAGAAUUGGGUAUGGAGGCCGUCUGGCGCGUUGAAGUGCAGGACUUUCCCGCCUUUAUUGUUGUGGACGAUAAGGCAAGGUGA